GACAAAGACCAGAAGACGUUUGUUUUAGUUUAGUGCCAGUGCAUGAGAACUACCUGAGGCCUGCGCUUCACUAAGCAUUUCUCUUUCAGCUGUAUCUGCUCCAAUGUACGAUCUCUAAAGGAUGCUGCAGCCCGAGUCUCAACCCUGUCAGCCUGGAUGGAGAAACAUUUGAGAAAAAAGAGGAAGAGGAGAUGAGCUUCUCCUCAUGCCACCAUCUGUUCAAAGAGAUGUUGAAGGCCUACAUGAAGAUGAACGAGUCGAGCCAGCCGAGCAAUAGGCAGGACUUGGGUAGAUGGAUGGGCUAUGAAGAGAUAUAUGAUGUUGAGGCCGGAUGCUGGAGCCCAUCAUCACACGUCUCAUAUCUCACCCUAAAGAGCCUGGUGCAGAUACGCAGUACAAUGAACACUGGUGUGGUGAUGUUGGACAGAGAAGAGAAGACGCUUUCCAGUAUCAUAGAAAUGAUUGUGGAUGCCCUGGUUAGCAAAAGUGAGAUCCUGGCAGGAGACAGAGAUAAGGUUCUUCAGACACUGAUGCAAAAGCAAAGCCAGUCAAUAGAAAGCCAGCCUCUGACAACAUCAGGUGUGGAAAUGCAAAGGUUCUUAGUCACAGAGAAAAGAGACACCGCUGACAGUGCAGAGGCCUCUACGGUGCUUGUAGGUGCUCUUGAAUUCCUGGAUAAGCCAACAGUGGCAUUUGUGCGUCUGCGGGACGCCGUGGUGCUGGAAUCAUCUGCUGAAACUCGUGUGCCUGUUCGAUUUCUCAUCAUCUUUAUUGGCCCAAGCAAGACCGACAUAGAUUAUCAUGAGUGUGGCCGAGCAAUGGCAGUGCUGCUAGCUGAUAAAGUAUUUAAUCAGGCAGCGUUUCAGGCUCAAAGCGAUCAAGAGCUGAUUGAUGCUGUGACAGACUUCAUGGACUGCUGUAUUGUGGUCCCGCCCACUGAGAUUCAGAACGAGUCUCUGCUUACAUCACUCAUCCCCUUCCAAAAGAAACUCCUGCAGGAGAGACUCCACCCCUCCAACCCCAAACUACUCCAGGAGACACUCCACACCUCCAAUCCCAAAAUCCACCUGGAUGUCAAACCUUGCAAAACUUCAAAAUCCUCCGGGCCUCCAGCAGAAGAUCCACUGGCACGUACAGGCGUUUUAUUCGGUGGUAUGAUCAGAGACUUCAGGAGGCGUUACAAACACUACGUCAGUGACAUCACAGAUGCCCUGAACGCUCAGGUCUUGGCUGCGAUCAUUUUUAUCUACUUUGCUGCACUCUCGCCUGCCAUUACCUUUGGAGGUCUCCUUGCUGAUAAGGUGGAUAACAUGAUGGGUGUGUCAGAGCUGAUGAUCUCCACAUCAAUUCAGGGCAUCAUCUUUUCUCUAAUCUCCGCCCAACCUGUGCUAGUUAUUGGCUUCUCUGGACCUCUGCUGGUUUUUGAAGAGGCCUUUUAUACUUUCUGUAAGUCUCAGGGCAUCGAGUACAUCGUAGGCAGAGUGUGGAUUGGGGCGUGGCUGAUGGUCAUCGUUGUGGCAAUUGUUGCCGUGGAGGGAAGCUUCCUGGUCCGCUUCAUUUCCCGGUUCACUCAGGAGAUCUUUUCCAUCCUCAUCUCCCUCAUCUUUAUCUAUGAGACCUUUUCCAAACUAGGAAAGAUUUUUAAAGAACAUCCACUCAUCCUGAAUUACGAUCAUCUUAACAAUACAGCAAAAGACCCUUGGCACUCAGGUGUCAGCAAUCAGAGAUCUGUGGAUAAUUCAACGGGCAAUGUGACUGUUGGGAGGGACUUUCUGCCCCAACCGUAUCCCAACACCGCUCUUCUGUCUAUGUGUCUCAUGUUUGGUUGCUUCGCCAUAGCUUACUACCUACGUAUGUUUAAAAAUGGCAGAUUCCUGCCAGGCAAGAUUCGACGUUUACUUGGUGACUUUGGAGUCCCCAUUGCUAUUUUUCUUAUGGUUGCUAUUGAUAUUAAUAUUGACGAUACAUACACACAGAAACUAGUUGUGCCUAAGGGUCUGCAGGUGUCCAACCCUAAGAUGCGGGGCUGGCUCAUAAACCCAAUGGGGGAGCACAAGCCCUUCCCUGUUUGGAUGAUGUUUGCCAGUGUUGUCCCAGCCAUGUUGGUCUUUAUCCUCAUUUUUCUUGAGUCUCAGAUCACCACAUUAAUUGUGAGUAAACCAGAGAGGAAAAUGCUCAAGGGUUCUGGGUUCCACUUGGAUCUUCUCAUCCUGGUGGGCAUGGGAGGGCUAGGUGCCAUAUUUGGUGUGCCCUGGCUGAGUGCUACUACCGUACGAUCCGUAUCCCACGCUAAUGCCCUCACGGUCAUGAGCAAAGGCCCAAAGCCUGAGAUUGAGAAGGUUCUGGAACAAAGAGUGAGUGGAUUCGUAGUGGCUUUGCUGGUUGGUCUGUCCAUUCUCAUGGAGCCGGUUUUAAAAUUAAUUCCGGUUACAGCUUUGUUCGGAAUCUUUCUCUACAUGGGAAUCACAUCUCUCAGUGGGAUUCAGCUGUGGGAUCGAAUGUUGCUCCUCCUCAUCCCAAAAAAGUAUCACCCGGAUGAACCCUACGUUUCACAAGUUAGGACCAAUAGGAUGCAUUUGUUCACCGCUAUACAGAUUGGGUGUUUGGCACUCCUGUGGAUUGUCAAGUCGAGCCCUGUGUCACUGGCUCUGCCAUUUGUCCUGAUACUCACCAUCCCUCUGCGCAUAUUAGUGACUGGACGUCUUUUCACUGAGAGAGAGAUUAAAUGUCUUGAUGCUGAAGAUGCCAAAGUGACGUUUGAGGAGGAGCCAGGGCGUGACGUGUAUGAUGAAUCUCAGAUGCCACUGUAGAUGCCACCUGGCUGCCACCAAACUCAUUUCUCACAAUCAUCUCUCCAUCACAUUCAGUCAGCACAUAAAACUAAAAUGAAAGCCUUAAGGAUCAAAUUAAGUAUUUCUCCUCUCUUGAGUAAACACUGACUAUGUUCAGUUCAGUUAAUUGUACAAGCUU